AGAAGCCUGCCGGCGUCCAGCACCCACCGCCUGAAGCACCUAAGACAGGGGACAAAGAGCCACAGUCCCAGAACCGGUUUUCUGAGUCUCCAAUGACCACCUUUCCCCCACUUCCUGUGACUCGCACAACGCUUGCAGCUUUAGCCAAGAAGAAGCUGCCAUGCUCUAAAGGAAAAAUCCCAAGGGCUCAGCUGCUCAAAGAAAAAGAUGACAUAGAUAAUUACGUGGAGCAGAACUUCAAAGGCCUGUCGAAGGAGGAGGUCGCAGCGCACCGGAACUCGUACAAGAUGAGCAUCUGUGUGGACAUGCUGCGCGAUGGCUACCACAAGUCCUUCACAGAGCUCUUCGCGCUGAUGGAGCAGUGGGAAUUUCGGCGAAAAACUGCGGAGGCGCAGGCCAUCUUCUGGUUGCAGAGGCCACUGGAGCAGCAGAGGGACAAGUUGGACAAUUUCUACCACUUCCUGACUAGGGCGGAGGCCGCGGAGAGGAAAGAAUACUAUGAUGAUGUGUAUGACAAUCUAUACGCUCUGGCCUGCUACUUCGACAAUGCUGAGGACAAGUGGGUGAGAAAUCACUUCUAUGAACGCUGUUUUAACAUUGCUCAGCUCAUCAAAUUCGAUGGUGGGAAGAAGGAAGCAGAGGCACAGGCACAUAUGGGCCUACUUUUUGAAGAAGAAGGUGAGCUUCUGGAAGCUGCCCACCAUUAUGAGGCAUUCCACGAACUGACACAGGGGCGGCUAUGGAAGGAUGAGACGGGUCAGCUUCUCAACUUGCUGGCCUGUGAAAAUCUCGUGAGGACCUACAGACUGCUCGCCGACAAAAUGCUGGAAAACAAAGAAUACAAACAGGCCAUCAAAAUUCUAACAAAAGCUUCCGAAAUAGCCAAAGAAGGAAAUAAUACAACCGUGGAAGGAGAAGCCUCUUAUUACCUGGGGUUAGCCCACCUGGCAGCUGGAGAAUAUGAAACUGCACUAACGGUGCUCCGUAGACACAGUGACAUCGCCGCAGACACGGGUGAUGAGCUCAUCCUGGGGAGAGCCUACGAGGCGAUCGCCAAGGUCCUGCAGUGCCAAGGAGAGAUGGGAGAAGCAAUUAAGUACCUGGAAAAGGUUGUGAACAUUGCAAGAAACAACUUCCAGAGCCUCGAUGUGAUACGCGCAAGCACGAUGCUUGGAGACAUCUACAAUGAAAAGGGCCAGUACAGCAAGGCUUCCGAGUUCUUCCAGCAAGCUUUCAGCACCGCGAUGGAGCUCAUGAAAAGAGGGCUGAUGGAUGAAACCAAAGUUCACUAUGGGAUAGCCAGAGCCCACCAGAUGAUGCUCACCAUGAUGGGGUAUAUCGAAUCUGCCGACGUGAAGAGCCUCAACUGCCUGCUGUCCUGGAAGGAGACUAGAACUCCCGUGCAAUUUGACCCGAUUCUGGGACAGUCUAGAAGAUCCACGGAACAUGCCAUCUAUCAGUACCCGGAUGCCCUGGAAGAGCAGAAAGGAUCUCCAGAUAAUCGAUAAAAUGAAACAAGUGGCUUGACAUUAAAGCAAGAAGAAAUUUAGCAUAUCACCUUAGGCUUCCUUAGAUAGAGCAUGUAACAAGUGAUGUGGACUUACAGGAAAAGAUUGUGACUGUUUUUAUUGACUUUUGUGCUGCAGUGACUAUGGCAAGUUUAUGAAGAUGAAGACCAUCUCAAAUGAUUAGAAAGAUCAACAGUUACUCAUAAAAUAAACUGUCUCCUCCUACCCACUGCUUCACAAGAAGUUGUGGCAACCAAGAGUUUUAAUUUUAAUUGUUUCUGAUUGCCAAAUACUUAAAGUUAAAGAAGCCUUUUUGUGCUGAAUAAAUACAUGAUAGUCUUUGCUAAAACUCCAGGGAAAGCUCCCAGCACACACGAAGGGCCACAAGAAGUCUGUGUGCUUGUAUUGCUGAGUGUUGCUCAGCGUACUUUGUGUAGAAACUUAAACUUACGGCUAACAGGACACAGCCUAACAUAUCCAUGUACAUUUGAGACAGGUGGAGUAAUUCUUUGGUCUGAGGAACCUUGGGUGGUGUUCUUACAGCUGAAAGGAUGUAGCUGAAAUGGUUGCCUCUAAAACUCUUUUAAUCCCCCGGGUGAAUCCAUAAAGGUAGUACAUGACUAAGAAUAAAGACGUUAUUCCCUUUCAACACUGUCAGGUACACUCUGGUUCGGCUUCCUUCACUGAUUUGCAGUUGCAGAGCAACAAUCCUAGAACAAUGCAGUGUUCAGAAAGUGUUCAGGCGAGCAGAGGUGCUGCUCCUGCACAGGACAGGGACCGACUCAACAACGCCGUGAUGAUUUGGUGCCCACACUAAAAUGCUUACAGAAGGUGUUCUCCCCCUAAAAUCAGAACGUAGCUCCCUCUUUUUAAGCCUGCCUAGACUUCAGGCAGAUAGGAGCUAUAGGGUACUGAGAUGGGACCUUGCUUCUCCCCUGCUAGGGAGGGAAGAAGUGUUGAGGACAUAGUUAAUAAUCACUGGCAGAGCACUU